UAAUAUCUAAUUCACGCUUUAAAUUAUACAUAGAUAUUUUUAAAAUGCCAUUGUACAAAAAUUUAAAAUCUAAAUUUAAACCUCCUCUCUUACAUAAAAAUUUAAGUUGUAAGAAAUCGCUAACAACGUCACCGCCUGUUGAAGUUACAACCAAUAAUUUUUUGAUUCCUAUCGAAAAUGGGAAGGCAACUCCACAAUAUUUCCCGACUGACUCUCCACCAGCAGCUGAUGCUAGUAACAAACUUGCUGAAUCUCCUAAAGAAUCUGCUUCAUUCGAAAUAAAAAAGGCAGCCCGCAAGGAGACUAAACCAGACCAAAAACUUUUUGGUAAUGGACUUGAAGAGAAAGUUCCCAGAAAACGAAAUAAAGAGAAACAAGCACCAGAUAAUGGUAAAAACAAAACCGAUAAAAAGAAACUUAAAGCAGAGCUACAAGGAAGAAGAAAUGAAAAGUUAAAGAAAUUUGAGAAACCAAAAUCGCCUGCGAAUAAGGUUAAAAACGACAAGAUCUCAUGCGGUUCUCAAAAUACACAAUCAUCAAUAUCUCAACAUAAAAAGUUAAAGAAAUUUGAGAAACCAAAAACGCCUGCAAAGAAGGAUAAAAAAGAAAAGGCCUCAUGUGAUUCUCAAAAUUCACAAUUAUCAAUACCUCAACACAAAAAGGUAAAGAAAUUUGAGAAAUCAAAAACGCCUGCGAAGAAGAAUAAAAAAGGAAAGACCUCGUAUGAUUCACAAAAUUCCCAAUUAUCAAUAUCUCAACAAUAUUUAUUGUUGGAAAAGAUUAAUGAACCUGCACCUCCAGAAAAUGCGAGUCAAAAGGAACGUUUGGAAUGGUUGCAAAAUGAACGAAGUGUUGGACUUUACGUCCAGUGCGAUAGCUGUGAUAAGUUCAGAUAUUUGGCAGAUGUAAUGGAUCCCACUGAUUUACCAGAGAAAUGGUACUGUUUUAUGAAUAAAGAUUGUGAAUAUAACUCUUGCGAUGUUCCGGAAGUAAAAUUAUCAGCACGCGAAGAAGAAGAUAUGAUAUUCAAUGAGUACAAUGCUGGCAGCAUUGUAUGGGCAAAACUUCCACCAUAUCCAUGGUGGCCGGCCAUGGUGGACGAUGAUCCUGAUGUUGAGCAGUAUUACUGGCUAAAAAGUUAUUCCGAUGUUCCAACGCAUUACAAUGUAACUUUUUUCGACUCGGAACUGGUCAGCAGAUCUUGGAUAACUCCCAAGUUUCUAAAACCAUUCAGAGGGAACGAAGAUAUGUUUUCCUUGAAAAAAACUGGUUUCGAACUAAAAUUUUUUGAGCGUUUUCAUGUUGCCAAAAGACAAGCGAUUGAGGCUUUGUCUUAUAAUAUCCUGGAUCGUCUGAAAAAGUUCAGUUUCCUUGCCAGAUGGCCCUACGACAUAGGCUCAUACCCUGAUGAUAAUGAUAAGAAGCGUCAAAAGAGAAACAAAAAAAGAAAGACAUACAGUAAUAACCAGAGAAAGAUAAAGAUCACUAAAAACCAAAAGAAGACUACUAUCCAAAAUAGAACGAAAACUGAUAAUAAGCAAACAACGUUCUUCACUGAUGAGCAAAGUGAAGAGAUGGAUUGGAAAAAUGUAGUGGAUAAAGAAAAUGAUAAUGCGAUUUCCGUUUCCUAUUCUCCAGAUGUUUCAUUUGAUUUUGAUUUAUUUUAACUUUUUGUUCAGCGUUCAAUUAGUUACUUACUUUAAGAUUUAAAAGUUAAAAUUAUGGAAUUAAAAGUUAAUUUAGUGUUGCUUCAAGUAAUAAUUUUGUACUGUUAAU